UCAACGGUUUGUGAGUACGCUUCCGUUCUUUCUUGUUAAUAACACAGAAAAUAGCUGUUGAUUGGUCUUAGAAAUUGAUGUCUUUCAACGACUGUAUGUAAUUUCUUUGAGUCAUACUUAAAAUGCUUAAAUUUCCAGAUGCUGUUUUACGUGGUAGAAAUAUUCGUCAAUUCUUUACUUUAUUUUCAACAAACCUUUUCUGUAUUGAAAGCCCUGAAAAAUUUAGAUGCUAUUGCCCCAGCAAUACUCAGUAUAGGCAGCUGGGCAGUGAAAACUUUAAUAUGGCAAACUCUACUCACCCGGCAAUGCGAGAAAUUUUACAUAUCUAUGGAAAAUGUUCGAGAUUCUUGCCUCAAUGUUUUGAAGUCAAACUGCUCAGAUGAGAAGAAAAAGCUAUGCAAGAACGUGCUACGCUUGCACCGCGCGUCAUUCAGCAAGAUACGCGCGUGCGGACUGUUCUACGUAGACGCCGCGUUACAACUCGCUCUUAUGGGGCUACUCACUAACUACACUAUUAUAUUGCUACAAUUUGCUUUAUUAUAAUAGUUAGUUUUAUUACGUGUUUCAUAAAAUUAAUAAAUAUUUUUUUAUUUAUUUAAGAUUGUA